AGCAAACGUCACAGUUCAGUGGUCCAGCACCAGUUCAGAACAUGAGCAUGUUACUACAGAUAACAUAAACAGAACCAGCACCAAGUGAGGGUUGAUGUCACAGUGCCAGAGUCAGUAGGACACCAAAGGAACACGGGCACUCGAAGGGCAGACACCAAGGCAGGCAUCACUCCACAUCAGACCCAGAUCCCAUGAACUGGUAAAGUCAGACUGCAAGAAAUCCACGUGGAAGCAGUAAAACUCAGCUGUUUGGCUGAUCAGCUGGCUUUGUAAACCCAGGCUGUUGAUGUGUGUAGAACCUAUUAGGCACUGAAGCAGAUCAGGCGCCGGGGGCCGGGCCGGAGGCGGUGCUGGUAACCGGGCCGAGCACAGCAGCAUGUCGCCGCUCCGCGUCUGCAUCGUGGGUUCGGGAAACUGGGGAUCAGCCAUAGCAAGAAUUGUUGGCAAAAAUGUCCAGAAGUCCAACAGAUUUGAUUCUACUGUCAAGAUGUGGGUAUUUGAAGAGCUCAUCAAUGGAAGAAAGCUCUCAGAAAUAAUCAACCAAGAACAUGAAAAUGUUAAGUAUCUCCCUGGAUACAAGAUGCCAAAAAAUGUGGUGGCUGUACCAGACGUGGCUGAAGCAGUGAGAGGGACAGACAUCUUAGUGUUUGUCCUACCGCAUCAGUUCAUCGGACGAGUCUGUGAGCAGAUGGCAGGUCACAUAAAACCUGGAGCAUUUGGGAUUUCACUCAUCAAGGGGAUUGAUGAGGGUCCUGAAGGCCUGAAGCUCAUAUCUGACCUCAUUCGAGAGAAGCUGAAAAUAGAAAUCAGUGUGCUUAUGGGGGCUAACAUAGCCAAAGAAGUGGCUGAUGAGAAGUUCUGUGAAACCACCAUUGGGUGCAAAAAUGAGAAACAAGGGCAGAUCUUUAAGGAAUUACUGCAGACUCCCAACUUCAGGAUUACCGUGGUGCCUGACACUGAUACAGUGGAGAUCUGUGGAGCCUUAAAAAACAUUGUAGCAGUAGGAGCCGGCUUCUGCGAUGGACUGAGCUUUGGUGAUAACACAAAGGCAGCAGUGAUACGUUUAGGCCUUAUGGAAAUGGUGGCCUUUGCCCAGAUCUUCUGCAAGGGAUCUGUAUCAAUAUCCACUUUCCUGGAAAGCUGUGGGGUUGCUGACCUAAUCACUACCUGCUAUGGAGGACGCAACAGAAAAGUGGCAGAGGCUUUUGCUCGCACAGGAAAAUCCAUUGAGGAAUUGGAAAAGGAGAUGCUGAAUGGACAAAAACUACAAGGUCCUCAGACUUCAGCUGAAGUCUACAAGAUUCUGAAAGAGAAAAAUAUGCUUGAUAAGUUUCCGUUGUUCACAACCAUCUACAAGAUCUGCUACGAGGGCGAAUCGAUCCAGAAUUUCAUUUCGUGCCUGCAGAACCACCCACAGCACAUUUAGGAAUUGGCUCUCCCCGCUUGGUUGUGUCCUCAUCUUUGCAGGACUUUAUCCACUCCACAGCAAAUAAAGUAGACAAAUAGAUUGUGUGGCAA